GAGCGUUCUCUGGCAGCCAUCUACAAAUAUUUGACUGGAAAGGAUAGCACCUAUAAACUCGAGAUUGAUACGUACCGUAUUCCCGAGGAUGAAGAGUAUUUUCGUGAAUUUUUGAAUAUAUUUCAUCGAAAACGCUCAUUCUCGUCCACCCAUCAACCACCCAUCGAAUUUGAGCAAAAAACGUUGAAUGUUGUGGUCGAUAUCAAUAGCAAUUAUCGAAUUCGUGCAUUUCUAAAGGCACUUAAAGAUAGCAUUCUUAUCAGGAAACAGUACAAUUAUGUGAUAUCGAAUUUUGUAAGUGCAGUAUUAGCACAUGAUGCAAUCAUUGUAGCAGCUGAAGCGAUACGACGGGUUUUGAAAACUUAUGGAGCGAAUCUUUUUAAGGAUGUUUUCAGUCAUCAUCAACUCUACAAUGAUGGAUAUCCUGGCUUAUAUUGCCGACCGAUUGAGGAUCGACAAAACUCCAAUCGUCAAUUUGAACCGUUCGAAUUCGGUGAUAAAAUAUUCGACGCUUUAAAAGAGGUGGUGCUAGAUGAAGAAGACGGCACUUUCACCGGUCGGAUUCAAUUUGAUGGCGAGACACUGCUACGAACUAAUUUUACGGCCACUGCAAUCGAAAUAAAGCCUGGUCGAAUGAGCUUGAAUAGCAUUAAAGAGAGAUUCGAAUGGAGGCAAGGAAAGGGUUUCGAAACGAGCACCGCAGAUGCGCAAGUGUUUAAUGGGAGCCAACUUACAACUAAGCCAACGACCGGUCGUAGAACUCUCCGAGUGGUCACAAUUCUGGUGAAAUUUUUGUCUGGAUUCUCUAAUUUUGAAAUAUUUUUGAAGCAGCGAAUCGUUUUCAUCGCAAAUAAAUGA